AUCUGUAAACAUUUUUGACACUUCUUGCAAAUUUAUGUUCUAGAAGAAAAGCGUUUCCUUUAUCAACCCGAACCCAUUAAUUUUUCAGAGAUUUUUAGUGCGGCAAUGUUUAAUUUAACGUCCUUGUUGCCAUGACGUGCAAUCUAAUCAGAGUGACAGCGGUGAUAGAGCGGUGAACCCAAACAAUUUGAAUUCUGUAUUGAACAUGUGUUUUGAUGAUCUAUCACGAAAUGAUUUGCACCCAAAGAAGAGAACUAUGUCAUUUGCUCUCCUGAGACUGCACUGAUGACUUCAAAUGAAAGCGUUGAUGGAAAAUAUCUUCAAGAAAUAUCUAAUCAUUUCUUUUCAUCAAGAUGAUAGUGGCUAAGGAGGAUGAAAAUCUGGCACAAAAUUCUGAAAGUCAUGUUCAAUCUGGUUCAUCACAAGAUGGUGUUUUGCCAACCCCUCUGCAUGCUGCUGCUGUAAAUGGAAACAAGUCUCUUCUUCAAAGGCUUUUGCAAGAAGAUGAAAGAAGCCUUAUCAACAGGGGGGACCAGUUUGGCCGCACUCCUCUGGUUUACAGUGUCUUGGGGGACAGACUUGACUGUGCAGAGCUGUUCUUGAAAGCUGGAGGCAAUGUCGGUUCUUGUGAUGUGGAUGGUAGAACACCUCUUCACUGGGCUGCAUAUCAGGGAAAUGUGAAGUGUGUAAAACUGCUGCUAUCAAAAGGAGCAAAUUGGAAAGUGAAGGACAACAAAGGACGGACGCCUCUACACUUUGCUACCAGCCAUCAGUCUCCCAAGUGCUUAAGCAUCUUGCUGAAGCGAGUUUCUAAAGGUGAAGCAGAUGAGCCAGACAAUGACGAGAUGACAUCUCUUCACUGGAGUGUGUCAUAUGGAAACGCUGAGCAUGUCAAGCUAUUGCUGAAGGCUGGGUGUUCUGUGACACAAACCGAUUUGGAAAAGAGGACACCUCUUCAUUGGGCAAUAACAAAUCCGGAUCCUGCUGUUGUGAAACUUAUAUUGGACGCAAACUCGGAUAUCAUCAACCAUCAGGACAAUGAAGGACGAACUGCUCUGCAUCUCGCUGUUGCGGAGCAGAACGAGGCAGCUGUUAAGGUGUUGCUCGCUCUUGACAAGUGUAAAGAGUCGGCCCAAGACAACAUGAACCGGUCACCUCUACACUGGGCAGCGGUGUUAGGCAACUCUCAAUUAGUGAAAAUGCUACUGGAGAGGAAUGCGGAUUUUACUGUUGCGGACAGCAAUGGGGCUACUGCUCUUCAUUACGUGGCUCAGAGCAACUACUGUGAAACGGUCAAAGUGUUCCUGUCUUUUGACAGAGUGAAAGAUAUUCCUGAUCAUGAAGGAAGAACUGCUCUCAUGUGGGCUGCGGGGAAAGGAAGUGAGAAUGCGUUAAAGACAAUGUUAGACCACCACCUAGACGUGCACGCCAAAGACAAAUUGGGAGGAACAGCGCUGCAUUCAGCUGCUUACUCUGGUCACGUGAACUGUGUGAAGCUACUGAUUCAGUUUGGAGCCUGCGUUGAUGCACUGGACAUGCUUCAGCACACACCCAUCUUUCGCGCAUGCGAGAUGGGACACACUGAAGUGGUCAAUAAUUUGAUUCAGAAUGGUGCCACUGUCAACUUGGAAGACCAAGAUGGCCGAACGUUACUUCACUGGGCGGCACUCGGGGGUCAUGCCCCCAUAUGUAACGCUCUGAUAGAUCAGAGUGUGCCCUCGGACACUAAGGACCACCUGGGUCGUACCCCGCUCCAGUGCGCCGCUCACGGUGGAUUCGUGAAUUUUAUGACGGUUUUGAUGGAGCAUGGUGCCGAAGUUGAUCACCAAGACAACGACGGAAUUACCGCGCUGCACUGGAGCUGUGCAUCUGGGCAUUUGGAGGCUGUCAAGCUGUUGCUAAGAUACAAGGCCUUCCCUAACUUCAAAGAGUCGAACGCUGACAGGUUGACCCCCCUCGACUAUGCCAUUAUUGGUGACCACCAGGAUGUAGCGCAGUAUAUGAUCGAACAAGGUGCUUUAACUAUCAAUGGGAUCCAGGACAUCGCUGCUACAACAGUUCAGAAGUGUUGGCGUGGUUACGCAGUCCGCAAGGCAUUUCAAGACAGGAAAAACUUGUUCUUGAGACACGAGCAGUUGAAAGGACAGAAACGAGCAAGUGCUCAAAGGACUGGGGACCUAUUUGGAUACCAGUCUCCUUACAGCGUAUCUCCUCGUAGUACAUCUCCAAGAGAAUUUAAUAAAGCUGACGUCUUUGAUAAUGAGCAACACCCACAAGUUUUCAUAGAAGACUUUCCUGAGGAGAAUAUAGAAGAAACGCUGCCGUCGUUUACUGAAGAAAUUAGACAUUCACGAAAUGAAAGUACCGCUAGAGAUAAACUGUUACCAGACAAAAUUUGUUCAAGGGAUUCUACCGAAAGACGUGUCACUACUGCAUUACAAGAAGCUAUUAUGGAAGAAAGUUGUUCCUCCGUGGAAAGUCCAUCGUCAAGGCGGAAAUCCGAAGACAGAUUUCAUUUUCAGAAUGACGCUGAGAUGGUUAGAGUGGUUUCGUCGUUAUUGUUGGAAGAAGACUUUGAAUUUGACGAAGGAUUUGCGUUAGCUAGCGAAGGAGAAAACACUGUGCGGAGAACUAAUGUUGCAAAAGAUGAUCCGCCUCGUCUGGCGCCAGCGAACAAAUUACACAGCGGUAUUUCAAAGGCAGAACUUGCGCGAAGAGAGCGCGAACGACUUCGUUUAAUACGCUCGAAAGUGAACGCAGCGGUGUUGAUUCAACGUUGGUUCAGAAAAUGGAUUUCGAUGAGACGCGAACGUUUUCAGCGCGAUGUGGUAUUAUUGGAGGUGAAAAAUGAACAGGAAGAACUCAAUAAGGAAGUCGCCGCGCUCACAAUUCAACUGGCAUGGAGGAAACAUGUUCGACUCAAGUUUGAGAAAAACUACGCUGGAAAUAAACAACAGAAAUCGAAGAAACCGCCUUUUUUGAGCUCCGCUUCAUAUAAACAAAAACAAAAUGGAGUACACAUGUACGGGCGCCCUCUUCGAAAAGGUCCGUCGAUGAACGGCUUUAAUUCUCGAAACGCUUUCAAACGAAAGCCUGGUUCCACGAAACAUGAUCCUACCUCUCCAGCUGCCAUGUCAUAUAACAUGGCGAUGGACUUUUAUCAUCCCUUGGAAUCCAGGCAGGGCAACAGUCGUGCUGCCAUAGUUACAUCUGGCAUCAGAGUGAGGCCUGGGAGCAUGAAGAGAACUGUUAGUGGAUGGACUCACAAUAUUGGGUUUUUAUCCAAAAUCAACGGACACAAAACAGGAGCAAAGGAUCCCAAAACGUAACAGAUGUUGCUUUCUCGUUAUUAUUAUUUAUUAUCAGCAGCCUCUUAUUUGAAAAGUCAUUGAAACCGCUGUAAAAAAAAAAAGGGCUUGAUUUUUUUUCAGGUCUUACUUUCACUAUUGCUCAAGUAGUGUUCAUAACUGCGAAGAUAGCGUUGAUAUUCAUUUCUUAACCCGCAG